AUGUUGAUUGCGGUAGCUGGAUCAGGCAAUCUUGCACAAUACAUCUGCGAAGAAUUUCCCAAAGUUGGACAUCGAGUACGAAUCCUUAGCCGGUCGAUCAAAGAACAUUUGCGUAUCGAAGGAUGUGAACAGGUUGUUGUAGACUAUUCACAACCUCAACUGGACGACGCAUUGCAAGAUUGUGAAGUGCUCAUUUCCACAAUUGUGGACCUCAGCUCGGCUUUUAUUCAAGUACAUCUGAAUUUGAUCACGGCAUGUCAGAGAAGUCAGCGUUGCAAGAGGUUCAUUCCCUCCGAAUUUGCCGGCAAUGUCAAAGAUUUCCCUGAUCAGCCAAUGUAUUUUAUCAACACUCAUAGUGCCAUACGAAAAACUUUGGCAGAUCAGAAAGAAAUCGAGUGGACCAUCGUGUGUAUUGGGUUCCUGGCUGACUAUAUUGUGCCUUCGAGGAACCGGUAUGUUAUGGAUAUGAGAGAGGGGAAUAUGAUCGACUACGAAAACAAGCACUUCAAGAUCACUGGCACUGGACAUGAGCCCAUGGACGUCACAUCUGCUCGAGAUGUGGCCAGUGGUCUCGCAUCUCUUGUCACAAUCCCAAAUUGGGAAAAAUACACUUACAUGUCCGGAGAGCGAACAAGCUGGUGGCAAAUCGUUGGACACGUCCGGAGAAGGGACCCAGAGUUUACUGCGAGUGCAAUCACACUUGGUCAAAUUGGUCGUUGA